AGCACUGAAGACAUAUCAUAUCUGUCAGGUAGUACGAGGUAACGGAGGGCAAGCCAGGGAAGGACUUAUAGUAUUAGUUAUUGAAUACUGAUCUGGUCUAAUACUGAAACAGAUUGAUAAUUAUUCAGAACAGCGUAUUAGCUUUCUAAUACACUUCCAUACAGAGAGAGAGAAAAAGAGAUAGAGAAAAUAAUCAGACACACCUUAUGAGGACUUAGCUGGAUUAUUUCCAAAGACAAAUGGAAACUGGAUGUUAAGACGAGAUAUUUUUACCUUUGUGCCAAGACUUACCAGGAACACCUAGAUCUUGGAAUUAUUACUGGAGACUGCUACAUCAGGUAUCCUAUUAGCAUCCAGCUGUGAACCACAAUUAGGCUCUUUGGACCAAUCGAGUGGCACAAGACAAAUCAGAAAGCCAAGAAUUACAAAAAAACGUCUGCUUCAUCUCUGAAAAGAAAGAAAAAUUGUCUGACAUCCCACCAAGUUCAGUGAACACCAAAGAAGUCCAGGCACAGCAGGAGAUCUCCUUUCUUGACUUAAGAAAAAUGACAUCUGAUUACUGAAAAGAUCUCAGCUGAAUAGAAACCAGAAAUCAGUUAAAAGGGCUGUUGCAUUUUUCUCCACUGGGACAGAACUUAGCAGAUUUAAAGACAGACACAUUUUUGGGAUUUAUCCAUUCUUCUCCAUUGGGUAAAAACUACAGGCAGAGACAUCUGAAGGAUUUGUCUAUUUCUGCUCACUGGACAGAAACCAAAAAGAAUUCUUUGAAACAGAAGUAUCACAUAGAACACCAGCACAGUUGGAGCACCAUCUGCAUGGUGUAAUACUAAAACAUCAGUUCUGUGCUAAAAUACAGUCUGCAACCUUUAGACACAGGUGUCUUGAACGUGUUUACACUUGUGAGCAACUCACAUAUGUCACAUAUUUAAAACUAACAGGGGGAAUGUUGUCACGGUGACAUAUGCACUUUACAUGUAAAAACUCCAAAUAUUUUUUGACCACCAGAGAACUACGCAGGUGUUCUUCACAGUGGAUUGUGUUCAAUAUUCAUUCUUCGAAGUCUACGAAAUAAUCUUCCAUUAUGCCAAGAGUGCUGAAAUCUAGUGGCCGUUUUUUGCCUAGGAUGUGCAUCACGUGCGGGCUACCAAUUUUAUUUCUGUGCCUUUUGUGGAGUUCGGGUGCUUACGCCAAUGUGCAGACAGAUUGUGACAUCACAGGAUACACGGUGGAAUGUCGUUACACGAACAUGUCUAAAAUCCCAUCUGAUCUGCCAAGUAAUACACAGAUUUUGAAAUUUUAUCGUAACAACAUCCCGAUCAUUACAAACUAUUCGUUCGCACCGAAUCUCAUGGCAGCGCCGAAUCUGAAGGAGAUUUAUCUCAAUUUCAACUAUAUACAGAGACUUGAGCUGAAAGCCUUUGCCUUUUUGUCGAAGUUGAGGAUUUUGCAGCUUUCAACCAAUGAAAUCACUACACUUCCAAACAACGUAUUCCAAGAUCUGGCCAGUCUUCAGGCACUAUCCAUUGCCGAAAACAGACUAGAGUUAAUUGCUGAGAAUGCCUUCAAAAACUUAACCAAUCUGCAGACACUGGACCUCAGUUUCAAUCGACUGACAAAAAUUUCGGCAAAUAUGCUAAAGCCGCUGAAAAAUCUCCAAACACUUCUGCUGGGAAAUAACCUGAUUACAUACUUCGAAAGUGGCUCCUUCCUGUCUCUGCUCAACCUCCAAACCCUCGAGCUCCAGAAAAACAAGGUGGAUAGGAUUCCGGAAGGCUCCUUCAAUAACAUAACUGCCCUGGAACUCAUCAACUUUGGUGAAAACAAGCUCCGCCAUCUUACACCUCAAAUUUUUUCACCAAUGACGCGUCUCCACACCCUGAAUCUCAAGGGAAACGAGUUUGAGUGUGACUGCACCCUCCGGCCAUUUAGAGAGUGGAUGGAGAGCAGAGAAUUCUCCCCGGUUAAUGUCACAAAAGUUGAGUGGACGGACCAGGACAGCGGGCAAUGCGCUGGACCGCCAAACCUUCGCAAUUACCUCUUGCGCCAAUUGCCAGUUUCCAUGUUCAUCUGUACCACAACUACAACUACGACUACAACCACCACAACCACCCCGACCACUACCACCACCAGCACUACGACCACAACAACAACGCCAGUUCCGACCACUAGAUCCAGCAAAGCCACAGAUGCAGCUACAAGUUCUACAGUUCUCACAUCCGGGGGCAUUAUUGUGGUAACUUCAGUGGCACCUGUUGAACCAUCGCCAGCACCAUGGAACCUUCCUUUAACACAAGAUGAGUUCAUCGGCAUCAUGAUCGCAGGAGGACUGGCUCUAGUUCUCCUCAUCAUUCUCAUCAUAGUGUUCUGUAAAUUCAGAAAUCGCCUUUUCUGCAAGAACAAGAAAGAGCACAACAACAAUCUUAGUAAAGUACAAAUCAUUCCACCGAGAAAACCCAUGGGCAGCACGGGUAGUUCAGGCUCUACCGACAGUCGCAAAGUGGGCUAUGACAAUGAAAUCAAUGACAAAAAGCACCUUACGAGCAUCAGUCUCUUAAGCAAUGGAAAACUCCACAAUGGGCACAGUGGACCCAAUGGACAUAUCCCACAUCAUGGGAACGGACAUCUUCCACAGGGAAAUGGGAAUGUCCCACAUCAUGGGCAUCCCGCUGUUAUCCCGUUUGGGAACGGCAGUGUCCCACACCAACAAACUCAACACCAUCAUAACAAUGGGGACAUCUUGCCAAAAAUGUACUAUGAAAAUUCAGACUUGUUUUACGACAAGACCUCCGCAAAUAAGAGGUCACUUGACUCUAUAAACACAUCGGGGCAUGGAAGCACAUCCUUGAACUUUGAAAAUAAUAGGGACUCCAUGAACCCCACGCCUUUAAGUCUAAAAAAGAUUCAUCUAGAAACGCUAGUGUAGCGUUUGUUGAAAGAUAAAGAGUUUUUAUAUCAAUAUAUAAUUUUGUAUAAAUGUACAUAUUUCAUCCAUACUUAUUGCCAUAACAGACAUGAAUUAAUCUCAGUUCAGUAAUUAGAACCAGGAUUUUGCCACGUGAAGUGUGAAGUUUUGUUGCCAUGGCAAUGAAAACAUCUACAUGUAUUAUAAAAUCAAGAACCUAGGUUACAAUGGUUCCAAGUGACGGGUGCCUUUUAGAUCAGAUCUACCUUGAUACAGCAUGUUCUAUGCUUCUGUGUAGGUAUAAAUUUGCAUAAACACUGUCAAAUAAGAACUCUGAGUUUCAAAGAGUAACCUAUGCCUUGACAUUAGAAAAAGCAUGUCAAUAAUCGUAGUUCAUUGGUUAUUUAAAGUGAAUGUCCAAACAUGCUGAAACUGAAUUAUUUUCACCUCCUGUUGCAUGGCAACUUAACAUUACCAUUAAAAUUAUUUGAUACGCCUUUAAGGACCAAGAUAUAAGACUAAUAAUGGUGUCAAAACUAGAGGCUUCCCACUGAAUAUGUAAAUUUGAUAAUAUUAUGUUCCCAUCAACAAUAUGUUGAGAGAAAAAGUGACCAACAAAGACAAAAUUUGUCUUGUAGAUGAAAUAUAAAACAAAAAACAAUUGUUUCCCCGGCACUUUUUGUUAUUAAGUACCAGGUUCUAUUUUUGGUUCUGCAAUGACAACUCACAGUUAUGCAGCAUACGGGCCAUGCACUCAGAGAAGCUAUACUUCAGAGCAUAGUUUAAAUAGUUUAUUUUACUAAUUUAAACUGUACAUUUUGCUGUAAAUAUUAAGGUUUAGUUGACUAAAUUAAGCUCAAAAUAUGAGUUGUAAUAACAUGGUCAUAGAUCUGAUCUAUGGAGAUUGGUUCAUUAGUUUAUUAUUCAAUAAUUAAUUAAUUAAUUAAUUAAUGUCAAUAAAAAAGUAAGGUAGGAAAUCCGCCUGGAUCUCAAUACUGUGGUUACUCCUCCUCAGAGGGCAGCAUAUUAUAACUACCUGUACUUCAGUUCUGUGUAAUUCUUGUUAUAAUUAACAAGAGCCAUAUGUUAAUUUAGUUACAGAGGAAAUGAGGGUACGGUAGUAUCUAUGGCUAUAUAGAUGUUUCAUCACAGGUUUGAGUGUUGUUAUCCCAUUUAAUCACUGUGCAUUGUGGACGGAAACAAAAUCACAGACUUAGGAGCCAUAUUGUCGUUACACUGCAGUUUUAUUUACUUUUCUUUAUUCUAAUUUAUUGAUCUUUUUUUAUAUAGCUGUACAAAAUUACCACAGCUAAAUUGUGUAUACACCUAUCUUAAUUUUGUAAAUUUUGAUGUGGCAUUUUUUCUUUCGAAGUCACUGAAAAUGUUGCUCAUAUGUUGCUCAUACGACCUUGAAACCCAUCGGAAAGCGGACUCUUGCAAGUUGUGUUUAAAAAACAUUAUCAUUUUGCUAAAUGGGUCUUUAUAGUCCCGCCUUCGUUUCCACUUGCAGUCAGUUUUAUGUUUAAUUAAUUUUACAUUAGGAAACAGCAGCAGGUUCACAUAAUGGCCUUUUGAUUCAUUUCCAAUUUAAAUUUUAUGAAAAUCUCUUUCCCACCUAUUGAGGAUACUGUUGCAUUUGCAAAGCGGAAAAUCAAAAUGUGAACAUUUCAGAGUGCAAUUUGUUUGUAGUUGUAGGUGAAUUAUGACUUUGGGGGUGAAAUUCAAAGCAAGGUUUUAUUUUGAAUUUAUUAAAUUAUAAUGUUAGGUUUUUUAAAGGUAAUGGUUAGGACUACUGGGAGCAAAAUGGAGCUAAUUUUAUCUGGUUUCUCUUCACCUAGUUAAUUUGUAUUAUUUGAUUCCACUGAGUUUCUUUAAUCAUUUGUUAUAAAAAAUCUAACCCACUGAACAAAAAUAGCCCACCUUUACUUCAAAACAUGACUGAUACCAGUUCAAACUGGCGUUUAUAAUCACCAUACCUGGAAAUGAUUGUUACCAGGAAUGGGUUAGCCAUUAUAGAAAUUAAGUGAAAUUUUAAGGGGAAGCACUUGGGCAUUAGGAAAAUCCAUUAACAAGUGAUUAAUAUUUCUUUUGCAAUAUGAUAUUACUGCUUUUUGCCCGUCACAAUCAGUUUUGUCUUUCACCGUGCAUUUGUUGGUUGUCACAAACGGUUUAAUUUUAUUGAUUAUUGUUUUGUUUUUCAUCACUAAGGCUUCACCCAAAGCUGUGUCAGCUUUUUGGUUUUAUGUUCAAUGAAUGGUUACAUUGAUGUUGAUUUUUCACUGUGAAAAUAUCACGCCAGUCACACAAGAUCAUUGCUUUUUUUUUAAUCUUCAUGCACGAUGUUAUGUUUUUAAGACAAGAUUUGUCAAUUAUCAAACUUCAAAUCAUAUGAUAUCAUCAUCCUUUUUCAUCAUUUAACUACUAGGCUUAAGCAAGGGAAAAACCAUUGGUUUCUGAGGUUUUUAACAAAAACAUUAAAGAUCUCAGCAUAAAAAAGUAACUGAUAAAAAUAAUCACUAUUCUCUUACAACAACAAAUUAUUUUUUAAGAUGGAAGGUGCAGAAAUAUCUAUGACAAAACAAGUGCAUGAUGACAACUGAUAUUUGAAUUAUUUUACCAUUGGGCAUAGUUGACAAUUACGAAAUAUUUUCUUUGAAACAAUUGUUUGUAUCAAUUGGAUAUGAACCUUAACCAGACAGUAGUUAUAAUACAUGUAGAGGUGCUCGAUAGACGAAAUAGAUUCCUGUUCAAAGACGAGAGAAAGUAGUGUAUUUUUAUCACUGCUCUUGAGUCAGCAUAUCUGUACAUAUUACCAUUUCUCUUUUGUAAUUCCAUUCACAUUAUUUGUAAAAAAAAUAAAUGUUGGUAAAUAAUUA